AUGUGGAAAAAGAUCAUUUUUAUUCUAGCUCUAUUUAUUCUUUCUGUCACCGCCUUCGAUCCUCCUGUAGAAAACGUAAUCAAAGCCCUACGUUCUAUUUGCACUGAGAAGUUCCUUGAUGAUCAGUGCCCAUAUGCCAUAGCGUACGAUAUAGCUACACAAUUGACCAGCCAAUGGUAUGAUCAUGAUGGAAGAUAUGGUUUAUGGUCGAAUAUAUUAGCAAAAAUCUGGUGGCAAAGCGGAGUAGGACUGUGGGCUUUAGCUGAAUUUUUUAAUACAAUGGAAGGCAGAGCAACGGAUAAACUCUACUUGGCUACACGUUGGGCAGCUAUUGAAACAGCUAAGAAUCGAAAUAAUUAUGUGUUUACUGAAUAUACUGACGACCAGGCAUGGUGGGCCAAUGGAGCUCUACGUCUUGAGCAGUACAUUCGAUCAACAGGUGAUGCCACUGUUGAGUUACUAAAAGCAGCUCAAAUAGUCAUCAACGACAACCUGAAACAUGAAACAGAAACAUGUGGUGGUGGCAUUUAUUGGUAUCAUGGUUUUUUGCGACCAUUUCGAACAGCUAAGACAACUAUUUCGAAUGUUUUAACUAUGUUCACAAUGGCUACAAUGUUCUCCUUUACACAUGAUGCAACUCUACUUCAUGGAGGCAUACACGGUGGUGCCAUUGAUAUUUAUAAUUGGUUGCUCACAUCCGGAUUACUCAAUGCGCAAACAGGCGAUCAAAAAGAUACAUUGGAUACCGCUCACGAUAAUUGUACACUUGUAGGAGGUUCAUUGACCUAUGAGUAUGGUGUACUUGUACAAGCACUUAUAGCUCUUGAAAAUGCAACAGGGCAUGCACAGUAUAUUUCUGAUGCAAUGAUCUUCAUUCAAAACGCAAUUAAAAAAUUUACACAAAAUAAUAUUAUCUACGAAAAAUGUGACCAAACAAAUACUUGUCAAGGUGAUCAACUUGCAUUUCGAGGUGUCUUCUAUCAAGGACUCGGUCGACUUUACGAACGAACGAAGGACGAUCGAAUAGCCAAUGUUAUUGAAGCAUCGUAUCUUGCUAUGCUUUCACGCAAAAUCGGCAAUCAUUAUCCACUUUCAUUAAUCAAUGACAAUAAUAAUUUUACAGGUUACGAUCAAAUUAUUGUUACUUUCGGCGAUCUUAAUCUUGCUUCAGCAAUGAUUAAAGUAUAUAAAAAUAAAUAUGUGACAUCUGAAAGUAAACCCAAUAUCGAUCUGGCCAUUCAUGGAUUAUUACCCUUCGAUACAACGCAGCAGGGUCUCACUGGAUGUGUUUGUGUUGACGACGGUUGUCCAAGAGAACAUGAAGCGCAAUGUUUCAAUAAUUCAGGUCACAAAGAGCCGACCAAUCGAGAUAACUGGAAGAGCAAGAUCUCUGCGAUUCUGGUCGCACCUGGACAUCAAAUGAUGUUAUUUAAAUCGAAAGGUGCAGGUAGAAGUGAUUGGCUGCAAAACAGUCUCUGGUACGUUGGUGAUGAUUUCAACAAAAAUAUCGAUGCGAUAGAUAUCGAUUAUUGA